AUGACGUCAUCAAAUGAUGUUAAAUGGCGGAAGAUUCUGUACCGAAGGCAACCGUAUCCUGAUAACUAUUCUGGCGGUGAUGAACAAUUCUUAAGCGAAUUGAAAAAGAACUUGUCAGCCGUGAAAUACACAUAUUGGGAAGCGGUUUUUGGUGUGGCACGUUUAGUAUUUCACUUAAAUCUGAUCGUAUUACUGUAUAUUACUUUUGAAUACGUGUUCGCUAACGUGCUCUCGGCUGAUGUGCUUGCAAUAGCGCUUAUAUCCACCAGUACCGCACUUUACGUAAUCUACGCUUUUUUGAUUACUGAGACGAGUAUCGAUUUUUUGGAUCAUUUUUAUACUGUGGUUGUUCUAUUCCUGUUUGGAUACGCUACGACACCAGCAAUCAGGACAUUGACCGACACUAUUAGCACGGAUACGAUAUUUGCUCUUUCCUUCAUAACCGCACUGAUUAGUUGUGUUUUUCAUGACUAUGGAAUAAACGCGCCAAUCGUUUCGUACCAGUUAUCGGUGAGUAGUGGGCUUAGUUCUGCCGUGUUCCUGUUGUCACGAUUAGAUUCGAACGAUGUGGCGUUCGUCAUGUUGUCCAUAGCAUUUGCACUGCAUGCUUUUACACCAUUCAUAAGGAACCUUCUCUUUUCUCGAUAUCGAGUAAUAGCAUCACUGUUGACAUUAUGGUUGUCGAUUUGCUCCACAUAUUUUCUACGGACACUUUAUGUGGAAUUAUCUGUGAUUUGGUUGCUCUUCCAAUUUUUUCUCCUAUUUAUUUGCCCAUUUAUAUUGAUAAUUAAGCAAAAAAGUAAACAAACAAUACAUGGACCAUGGGAUGAAGCGAUACCGAAAAAGGAUCGCUAG